AUGGCUCCUUACGGGCAGGAUGAGUUAGAGCUACUGGAGGCAUCUGUCCUAGACUCACUCGAGCACUUCUACAUGAAAAACGUGGCCAAGGAACUCAUGCAGGCAUUUAUAGAGAGGUGGCAGCCGGAAACAAAAAGUUUCCACAUGACUUGGGGUGAGAUGACGAUCACCCUGCAUGAUGUCGCAUUUAUAUUGGAGUUGUGUGUCGACGGUUUAGCAGUGGUGUACGGUGAUUCUGUUGAGGAGAGGCCUAUGUGUGAGUUGUUGCUAGCAAAGGUUUUUGAUUUGGACCUGGUCGAGGCGCAUGCCAAGCUCGACAAUAGUCGGAUAAAAUGGUCGGAGUUUGUUCAGUGUGUGCGCAGUCGGUCCCGGUCUUGUCGGCAGAAGUUGGUAGGAUUUUUGACGUUUUUGAUCGCUGUCUUGGCUCAUUUAUACCGGCAGUUGGGCUCGGCUAGUAGGGCCCACGUGAAAGGGUUACAGGGUUACACGUUACCGCUCCAGUGUUGGAUUUAUGAGUACUUCCGCCCUUUGCGAGCACCUAUUAAUCCGGAUUAUAGGGAAAUGCAGCCUCAUUUCCUGAAAUGGAAACCACGCAAGGGUAUUUCGGACUCGUUCUCGGUCCGAAGGAUGCUUGAUGGUACGCAUGCCGAUCAAUUUAUGGAGAUUAUCGAGCCAUAUAUGCCGGAUCGCGUUCUACGGCAGUUCAGGUUUAGACAGACCAUACCACAGUGCUACAUUCACUCUAGAGAGCCAUGCCUACGUGGUCCGCUUGGAGGCCAGAAAUACCAGGUACCGUACGAUCCUCCAGGCGAGGAGUGGAUGGAUUUGACUAGCAGCUCGAUUACAUUGGAGGGUAGGACAUAA